CGGAGGAACCAAGCUAUUCUCCAACGAACUGAAGCUCCAACAGGUCACCUCGUCUGAGUUUCCUGAUAUUAUUGCUUUCGAUAUAUACCACCCAUCAUGGCUUUCAGGACAACUACGCAAUGGAAAUCAAUGGUGAGUCGCCUGGGAGGAGGAAUUAGGUCUAGUACUUUUGCAACUUCAACCUCACCGAAGAUGAAAGCCUACUCGCCAUCUCUGGACUACGUCUAUGCCCAGGAGCACAGGGGAUUGAGGGGGGAUUUCGUGCCGGUAUACGUGUCUAUCGGGAUGAUAUUGAUGUCGGUGUCGCUUGGGCUUCUCACGGCGAUGCACCAGCUGAAGCGGGCGCCGAACGUGCAGGUGAGGAAGUCGAGGAGGGAGACAAUUCCAGAGCUGGUGGAGCCGGAGCGGGUGGUGGACGAGGCCGACCAGUUCCUCAAGAAAUCCUUCUUCCGGAAGGUGGCUCACAUCCAGGAGCCGGCCGCUCCCAAAGUCCCCGAUUAUAUCCGCGGCGAAGCCUUUGCAAGGCGUCCGCACGCGGAGACGUUGAAGUCGGUGGGCGUGGAUCCGAGUACACACUGAUUACGGCGGGUGAAGAAGAGGGGAUCGACGUUGCUGUAUAAUAUUAUCUACAUCUAAUUCCACCCCUGUUUCAGAUUUCAUGCAACAACAGUUUCCAAAUGCAUUAGUAUGUAAUCUCAAUACUUUCAGGAUAUUAUAGAGUUAAAAAGGGGCCUUCCCAGUGUUCAAUACGUAAGGUUGUGGCCAAUGAGCAACAGUCUACCUGUACCCAGUGUUUUUUUUUUCUUUCUUUUUUUUAAUGUUUCCACGAUAUA